CUUGAAAACCCCCAGUCAGGGUAGCGGUCUUGCAAUAAUUGUAUCAAUAAAUAACGAAGAUGUUUAAAAAAAAAAUACAAAAAUUAUAAUAAAAUUUAUAAAAAUCUAAGAAAAAAUUAUCAAAACAAAUAUGUAUUUGUGUUUAAAAAUAAUGUGCAGAAUAAGCAAAUUAUUAUCCAUAAUAAAUAAAAUGUCUAAAUUUUUAUAGAUAUAAAAGAAAAAAGUUCUUACUUUUAUACAGUUUUUUAUACGUAAAAAAAUUAAGUUUAUAUUGUGCAUUAAGCAGACAUUCAAUUAGUUAGAAAUAGUUAGCAUUUUAUUAAUUAAAAUAAAUUACAAGUUUUUGUAUAGAAUUUGAAAGUUUAUUAACAUGCGACCCUAAAAGCAUAUACCUUAACAAAGUGUUUAAUAAGGUAGGCAGACAAAAAUAAAUAAAUAAAUGUGAUGUUUUUCUUUUUUAAUAAAUAAGUACGUAAAUUUACAUAAAUGUGAAAAUAAAAGAAUAUCUACAAUAAAUAAUUAAAUUAAUUAAAAAAAAAAUAAAUAAAAUAAAAUAAAACACUAACUGCCUUUAUAGUUAAUGUAUAUAACUAAUACUGGUUUUAAAACAAAUUUCAAGUUAAAUAUUUACAACAAAAUGUUGCACAUACAUUAUUUUAUUUGAAAUUAAACUAUUCCUAGCACUCAGCCUCAAAAAUUAUGCCAUACAUAAAAUUAAUAUUGAAAAAUAAAUAAAAUUAAUUACUACCCUAAACUCAUACACUUACACACCCUUAAAAAACAAGCAAUAAAUACAAGAGGAAAAGGAAACCGAAAAAAAGCUCUAAACCAUCUUUAAAUAAUAAUGUCUAAUCAAAGACUACAUGUUGCUACUAACAGAGGAGGAGGUGGAACAGGAGGAGGCUUCUUGGGAACAGGUGGUGGUGCACGUUUUGUCAGAAGUGGUGCGAGCAGUACUUGCAGUUCGGGUAGUGUUUCACCCAUACCAAUACCGGUUAUUGCUAUUAGUCCUGGAGAUGAAUCUUCUGAGUCAGAAAUUGAAACUGAGCCGGCAAAAAUAUUUCAUCGUCGUGUUUCCACCAAACGUAAUGUUAAUAGUUCGGUUGCCAUCAAAGAGGGUUUCCUAUUGAAACAAACAUGGUCAUUUCAACGUUGGCGUAGACGUUAUUUUCGUUUAAAACGCAAUAAGCUCUAUUAUGCCAAACAACCCAAGAGUGAUGUGUUCGAUGAAAUUGAUUUAUCAGACUUAUGUACAGCUGAGUGUAGUAUUAAAAACGUAAAUCAUAGUUUUCAGGUUAUAACACCCACUCGUUCAUUAGUACUGUGUGCCGAAACUCGACGCGAAAUGGAAGACUGGUUAGGAUCACUGAAAUCAGCCUCAAUACCACCGAGGUCACGAGGUGAUAGUUUCUUUAUCGAACAACAUGAUAUAUUUGCAAAUCAUCAUCAUUGGUAUGCUACCUCACAUGCCCGACCCACAUACUGUAAUGUUUGCAGAGAUGCACUCUCCGGAGUAACAUCACAUGGACUCUCGUGUGAGGUGUGUAAGUGUAAAGUACACAAACGUUGUGCUGCCAAAGCAAUAGCUAAUUGCAAAUGGACCACACUGGCGACGGUGGGUAAGGAUAUUAUAGAGGAUAGAGAGGGUAGCAUAGUAAUGCCCCAUCAAUGGAUGGAGGGCAAUUUACCGGUAUCAUCUAACUGUGCCGUGUGUAAGAAGACAUGUGGUUCAGUUUUGCGUUUACAAGACUGGCGUUGUUUGUGGUGUCGUACCACGGUGCAUGUGGCUUGUCGUCCUAAUGUGGCCAUUGCUUGUCCCAUGGGUCCAGCCAAGCUGUCGGUGGUGCCCCCCACCUGUGUACAUUCCAUAGGCAAUGAUGAUUCUUGGGAUGUGGUCAGUCCAAAGGGGAAUUUUUCUCCAUUACUGGUUUUUGUGAAUUCCAAAUCUGGAGACAAUCAGGGUGUUAAAUUUUUAAGACGCUUUAAACAACUUUUGAAUCCAGCACAAGUAUUUGAUUUAAUUUCAACUGGUCCCGGUUUGGGUUUAAGACUUUUUCGUCAUUUCGAAAUGUUUCGCAUAUUAGUGUGUUCCGGAGAUGGUUCGGUGGGUUGGGUAUUAAGUGAAAUCGAUCGUUUUAGCAUGCAUAAACAAUGUCAAGUAGCAGUUUUACCUUUGGGUACCGGCAAUGACUUGGCCCGUGUCUUGGGUUGGGGCUCAUCUUGUGAUGAUGAUGCCCACUUACCACAAAUAUUGGAACGCUAUGAAACUGCUAGCACUAAAAUGUUAGACCGUUGGAGUAUUAUGGUUUUUGAAAAAGCCAUUUCUAUGCAACCAAAAGUACCCAAAAUGUCUUUGUCCUCGGAACAGGAAGCACUUUUAACCGGCAUGGUUACAGCGGCCAAUGAAAAUUUACGCUCCAUUGUGGAAACCGAUGAUUUACCCACAUUAAUGUCGGCUACAAAAACACUUUGCGAAACUAUAGAUGAUUUAUUGGAACGCAUGUGUGAACAUCGUAAAGAAGACGAUCAAUUGACAGUAAAGUGUGACAUUUUAAGGCAAAAACUUAAUAUGUUGUUGGAUGCCUUAAAGGAGGAAGAGAAUGGUUCACAUAGUGGUGAUGAUUUAUUUGCCACCAUUAGUAGCAUUAUAGCAAAAUCAGCACCCAGUUCACCAGUACCCUCAGCCUCAUCUACAUCGUUAUUAAAUCCAAACAUAUCAAUUGAGAAAAACGAAAAGGAUCAACUAAAUCUUCAAGAGCGACGCAAUAGCCGCUCUCUUCGGGGCAACGAACGGGAGGCCUUACAAAGUCGUGCUAAUAGUGUUAAGCGUGCCAUGUAUAAUGUUGUUGAACAUUCUGAACCUGGCCGUCCGAAACGCUAUCAGCGCCGUCUGUCCGUUACCCCCUUUGAAGCCUUGAAGAUACCCACUACCACAUCCAGUGAUUCUACACCCUGCACCUCACCAUUACCCAUAAUACCACCCAUUAACAUUAUAUCACCCACCAUGGAAACCUCACGUCUAACAUGCAUAUCACCCUUACCGGAUACACGACGUGAAUCUAUGGAUGAGCACUUCUUUAAUACCAUCAGUUUGCCAGUACCCAGACAAUUUGCCGAUAGUCGCCGCAGUUCGGGCGUACCGGAAGUCAUACAGGAACAGGAGGAAAAUGCCAAUGGAGAGACCACUUACAAAAUACAUCGCAUGUCUUUGAGUGGUGGGGCCAAUAUUGACGAUGCUGGUAAUCGUUUAUCGCCUGGCAGCGAAGGUGUCACCACUCCAACUGAAAGAAAUUUCCUAAAAGUACCCAUUAUAACCAGUGAACAUAUGGUUGAUCCUUUGUCCGACUAUCGGCCCAUUGAAGUGUUCGAACGCAACUACUACAUGAGUCGUGAGCUGAAUAAGCAGAAAGAAUCAUUGGAUGAGGAAGAUAAAGUCCCUGAUGCAGGACCAUUGAUACACACUUGCCAGCUACAGGUACCCAGCAAUAAUAAUACAAACCCUAAAGAUCCUAAUAAUGUGUAUACAAGUGAAAAUAUAACCAUAAUCGAUACAGAUGGGAAUACUGAUGAAUGCUCCUGUUCUGAGGAAUUACCAAUAGAUGGCAGUGAUGUUUUGUCAGCCAUUAGUAAUGAGGAAAUCAGUGUAGGUUCUGAAAUAUUCGACAAACAGGAACCAUCGGUGCCCGCUCUGCAAUUAGGAGACUUUUUACAGAAUUUGGAUUCUGCUGACUUUUGUCACAUCGAUUCACCGGAGACAAGUGAUGAAACGGAAAAUAUGCCUGGUGAAAGUAUAAUGGAUGAUAUAAGUUCUGUUUUGGGUCACGAUAUAACCAAUGCUUUGCAAGACAAUACAAUAACCGAAGAUUCUACCACACUCUGUUCUGAACAUGUUGCCAAUCCAGCUAAACCGCCACCCAAACCAGCCAGAGCUAAAAAUCCUUUAACGACAGCACCACGUAGACGUAAUUCAUCACCCCCACGUGGACCACGUCUUGUGCAUAUGGACAGCGAUGACAAUCCCCAACAAUUUGGUUUUGAAAAUAUUGUAUUCGAAAUUGACAAUCGUUGCGAUGACCAGAAGAUACGUGAGCCGCCACGCUUUUGUUCCUUGGCACAAUUUGUGGAAGGUAACGAUAUAGCACGACAAAGUUUUAAGCGUACCAAAAAACGCACUUCCCUUAAACAAACUAAACAAACAACUUCGAAACUUAUAUCUCAACAGCAGCUAUCAUUAGAUGGAGCAAUGACCACAACAACGACCACGGCAACCACCAUUACGACCAGCGGCCAUCAAUCGGAGGAUGAUCUAUCAACAGCCACAGCCAUAAGGAUUGAAGUUAGUGAAACCACCAAUACAUCCUGCUUGAAGACCUCUAGCUCAGCGGCCAACAACAAUCACACAUCACCGAAGAAACUAGGACCAGGACAAGAUGUAAAGCGCAUUACUUUUGAUGACUCGUGUAAAAAAGAAUCAUUUGAUGAUGUAACUCCCCAUCAUCCACAGAUAAGUGUUGUCGUUAGACCACCCACCCCCCUGAGAGGAGAUGCUAUACGGCCUUUAGAUCAAGAUGCCUGUAACAGUCUGUUGUCGGUGCGUGUACCAACGGAGAUACGACGACAUUCCAGUCAUGCUGCCAGCUUAACAGUGCGUGAGUUCGAUAAGGAAAAGGAUCGUCGUCAUUCCGGUUUCAAUCCAAACUAUUUAAGUUUAGAUCCGGAACAUACACGUUUCCUAAGCUCCUCACCAGCCGCUAGUCGUCGCAUUAGCUGUGGCAGUUUGUUUAAGAAGAAAAAAUCGAAGGGUAUGUGUAUGUCGGAACGAGCAUAUGGAUUUUUGGGUUUAAGAUUUUUUGUGGUUGCGGAACCCGAUAUACGUUUAGCAACAUUAGCUUUAAUCAGACCACUAAUACCAUUGCCCAAUGAAGCAUUGCCCAAUUUGCAAAAUCUUAAAGGCUCCAAGACCAGCUUGUUUAUGGGUUCAACUUUAUUUGGUUUUGAUCAUUUUGCUGCUGCUGCCGCUGGCUCCACACCCGAAAAAGAGGACAAGGAUAAAAAGGAAAAAGAGAAAACACCCACUGAGGAGAAUCGUAAAUUGCCGAUAAUUAAUCCCAUAGUGAAAUUACCCAAUUGGCCAAAUCUUACGGGAGGUUCUGGUUUUAUUUCGAAAUGCUUAAUGGCCAAUGCCGAUACUUUGUGUGCUGCUGUUAGUCCUCUUAUGGAUCCAGAUGAAACCUUAUUGGCUGGCUAUCAUGAAAAAUGUGUUAUGAAUAAUUAUUUUGGUAUUGGCAUCGAUGCCAAGAUUUCCUUAGAUUUCCAUAAUAAACGUGAGGAGCAUCCAGAAAAAUGUCGUUCAAGAGCCAAGAACUAUAUGUGGUAUGGUGUUUUGGGUUCUAAGCAAUUGCUGCAGAAAACCUGCAAGAAUUUGGAACAACGUGUACAGCUGGAAUGUGAUGGCCAGCGAAUACCUUUACCUUCGCUGCAGGGUAUUGUUAUUUUAAAUAUACCGAGCUUCAUGGGUGGUACUAAUUUCUGGGGCAACUCCAAAAAGGAUGACAUAUUCCUGUCGCCCAGUUUUGAUGAUCGCAUUUUAGAAGUUGUGGCUGUUUUUGGUUCCGUACAAAUGGCCGCCUCUAGACUUAUAAAUCUACAACAUCAUCGCAUUGCUCAAUGUCAAAGUGUUCAAAUCAAUAUAUUAGGUGACGAAGAAAUACCCAUACAGGUAGAUGGUGAAGCCUGGCUACAGCCACCCGGUAUGAUACGCAUUCUCCACAAGAAUCGUGUACAAAUGUUAUGCCGUAAUCGCUCUUUGGAGGCCUCACUCAAAACCUGGCAAGAGAAACAACGUCAACACAGCAUAUCAAUACAACGAGAUCAUUCAUCGACCGCUUCGGAGCAUGCCAACUCCACCGAUGAAGCUAUUUCGGAACGUGAAUGUUAUGUUUUACUAAAUUUCAUUGAAGCCGUUAGUUCGCUAGUGAAAUGGGUGAAAUUCUUGAUAAUAUCACAUCCCACCUUGAGACAUGAUCUUUAUGCGGUAGCAUGUCGUGCUCAGGAUGCUUUGGAGAGUAUACAUCCUCAGGGUAAACUAUUGGAGGGUCCUUCAUUAAGAACCAAACUAGUAGAGGUUAUAGAUUCUUCAAGGCAACUAUACGAUGAUGCUUGUACUUUACUAAGAGAUCGUGGUCAUAGUUUGAUAUUGAGAGAAGAUUUGGAAAGUAAAUUAAGUGCUGCUUUAGCCAAUAUGGAAAUGGAGUUGAAGAAAUGUUCGGUGCAGAAGUGUGUAGAUGGCAAAUUAAGAGCAUAUUUCAAUGUUUUGGCUCCCAACGAAGAGGGUGAUGGACGCCGUAAAUCACGCGCCUUUUGGACGCGUCUACGUUCCGGCUCCACUGCUGGUCAACAACAAUUCAAACCUCCACUCACCAACACCCGUGAAGCGGUCAGCAAUUGGAGUGUUAAUGAAGUUAUUACCUGGUUGGAAACCAUGCAACUUUCUGAAUAUGUUGAUAGUUUUUUGCGCAACGAUAUACGUGGCAAAGAGUUGCUUACUCUCGGUCGCCGUGAUCUCAAAGAUUUGGGUGUCAUUAAAGUGGGUCAUGUCAAACGUAUCUUGCAGGCCAUCAAGGAUAUGAAUGAAAAUUAAGCUAAACUCUGGUAAUAAAUGAAACAAAUCGAAAAAACUGCUAAAAACAAUCAUAUUAAAAGAAAACAUAAAAUAUUUUUGACAGAACAAAAUUUAAACAAAAUUUAAAAUUAAUUAGCUAAGCUAUCAAACAAAUCUUUUUUGAAAAUAAGUUAAAUUUAAACAAAUUAUAUAUCUUUAAGAUAAUGGCAGGAUAUAAACAGAUAACACAAAGACUUAAACAAAAGCUGGCUAUGCAAAAGGAAAAAACAAAUUUAUUUAUUUACCAGAAAGAUUAAGAGAUAUACAUGUAUAUUUAAGCUAUAUUCACAAUGUUCAAAUAUUUAAUACAUUAAGCGUUUUUCGAUAUUUUGCUUUAUAGCAUUAUUUCACUAAUAUUUAUUUUCGUUUUAUAAAAUUUAAGAAAAUUUCUAUGAAAAAUAAGGAUAUUAAGCUUAUAUUGUGGAAUAUUUGAACAAUGUGAUGCAUAUGAUUAUAUGAAAGUUGCAUUUACAUUUUCUAUGAAUUUUAGUUUGUUUUACAUAUAUUUUAAAUUGUAAAACCAAAUUGGUUACUAAAAGGACCUUAUUUCAUGUAUUAAUUAUUUAUAUCAGUAUAAAGGCAAAUGGAAAUUCUAAAUUGUACAAAAGGUUCCUUUUUGGAAUCUGAUUUAUAUCAAAUCUACAUAUAUUUUAGCAAAUUAAUAUUUUACAUAAAAAAGCAUGUUCAGACGACUUCUUUAGUCAGUUAACUAAUUAAUAUUUGUACAUAUAAAUGAGCAAGUUCAUUAGUCAAUGUCCAUGUCAUAAUGCCCAUGGACAUUUUGCCACUUUUAAAACAGAAAUGUAUUGAAUAAUUUGUUUAGAAUUUAAGAAAGGGACACACUUAUCCCGAAAAGAAUUCCUCCUAAAUUUGGUGUAUGUUGCAUUUUGGAUUCCUUUUAAAAAAUGUCCUGGAUAGCCGCCCUUCGGCAAAGGUUUUAAACUCUGGGAAAUUUCAAAUACCGGCUUCACUUAAAAAAGAAUUUUUUUUAAAAUGCACUCUUUGAAAUCCAUGAACAUUCUGUCGUAUUGCUCUUGGACAUUGUGACAUUUUUGAAAUUGUCAUUAUGUCCAUGGACAUUUUGCUCAGAAGGUUACGGAUAUUAUGUCACAAAACAUAGGAUAACUAAAAGUACUUUCUUGUAUAUUGUCUGGUUAUAAUAUCAUUUAGAAUUCUUUACAAUAAUCUCUUCUGAUGUUUAGUAAACUUUUUACAUAGUUUUUGAAUUUUGUGUCAAAAGUAAAAUUUUUCAAUCAAUCAAUAAGAGAAUAUCAUUUAAACUUAUACAAUAUCAGUAGUACGUGUGCAAUUGUACUUUUCUCAAACCUGAUUUAGUCUGACAAAUAUUUCAUUAACCAUUAAUUUACAAUAAUGCCAUACUCAGAUAUUAAAAACAAAAUUUACAAUGAUUUACAAUUAAUUACUAAAAAACUUCAAUUUCAAUGACUACAACUUCCCAUUGGCAUUACGAAUGAUUUACAUAUCGCGGGAAAAAUAAUUAAAAUUUCUGUUAGUGUAUUUCAGAUCCGCAAAACGACUUUUAUUGUAUUAUAAGGGGCAUAUUAAUUUUAAAAUUUUCUAAAAUGUACUAAACCAAAUGACAAACUAUUUUUAAAAUAUUUUUUCCCAUUUCAAUAAAAAGCGAAAAUAAUAUUUCUCUCCGACCCAUUAAAAAUCAUAUUAUGGACCAAAAUUAUUAUACAAAAAUUUUUUAAAUAUUUUUUGCCGUAAUCAACUCAAAAUUGCGAAAUUUUUAUGAUCCAUUUCAAAAAAAUCUAAAAUAUUUUAUUUUUAAAAAAUUACACUGAGUUCAGGAUUUUCAAUCGCUGGUACGGAAC